AUGAGACCCGACUGCCUUGGCUUUCAUGUGCCUCUAUGGCUAUUCCUUACGAUCGUGAUACUUCCCUUUUGUGAUUCUUUGGUGACUGUCAAUCGCACUCGGACGGAUCACAACCUCACCAAGGCAGCGCCAGACAUGCCAGAACCCUUGCCGGCGAGCGCGUCCUUUCCGAUGAUAGAGGCAGUUUUGCAUGCGCAGAGACCGGUCUCAGCAGUCGCAGAGGACAAGUCCAGCCAGCCCGAGCAGCAGGACUUGCCAGGCCCACCGCCAUUGAGGAAAUUGCACUUUCACAUGUUUACGCUGAUGGUCUGCGGCUUCCUGAUCAUUGGGGCACAAAGGCUUGCAUACAGACAGUCCCAGUCGGAUGCAAGUCCUGGAGACCCCUUGGCAUACGUGUUCAAAGCACGACAGCUACAGCAAAGUGAGGGCAUCCGAGGUCGCUUGUGA